GCUCGCUCUCCUCGCGGUCUUCUCCUCCUCCUCCUCCUCUUCCUCCUCCUCCUCCUCCUUUUUUUUUUUUUUUUUUUUUUUUUUUGCACGGCGGUCGCUACCUAGCUACAAACGGGUUUUGCCUCGCUCGCUCCCCGUCCUCCCGGGCUCCUCUAUGUUCGAUUCUUUUUUCCCGCCUGGCGCCGGUGGAAAAUAAAAAAGCCACUUGAAUGUACAGCAUGAUGAUGGAGACGGACUUGCACUCCCCCGGCGGAGCCCAGGCCCCCACGAACCUCUCGGGGCAGACCGGAGCGGGAGGCGGCGGCGGCGGCGGAGGCGGCGGCGGCGGCGGCGGCGGCGGCGGGGGGAACAAAGCGAACCAGGACCGGGUCAAGAGACCCAUGAACGCCUUCAUGGUGUGGUCGCGGGGCCAGCGGCGGAAGAUGGCCCAGGAGAACCCCAAAAUGCACAACUCGGAGAUCAGCAAGCGCCUGGGGGCCGAGUGGAAAGUCAUGUCGGAGGCCGAGAAGAGACCGUUCAUCGACGAGGCGAAGCGGCUGCGGGCGCUGCACAUGAAGGAGCACCCGGAUUAUAAAUACCGGCCCCGGCGGAAGACCAAGACCCUGCUCAAGAAGGACAAGUACUCGCUGGCCGGGGGGCUGCUCGGCGCCGGCUCGGCCGGCGGAGGCCCGCCCGGCGUCGGCGUGGGCAUGGGGGUCGGCGUCAGCCCCGGCGGCGUCGGGCAGCGCCUGGAGAGCCCCGGCGGCGCGGCCGGCGGCGGCUACGCGCACAUGAACGGCUGGGCCAACGGCGCCUACCCGGGCUCGGUGGCGGCGGCGGCGGCGGCGGCGGCGAUGAUGCAGGAGGCUCAGCUCGCCUACGGCCAGCACCCGGGCGGCGGGGGGCACCCGCACCACCCGCACCCCCACCACCCCCACCACCCGCACAACCCGCAGCCCGUGCACCGCUACGACAUGGGCGCCCUGCAGUACAGCCCCAUCUCCAACUCGCAGGGCUACGUGAGCGCUUCGCCCUCGGGCUACGGCGCCUUGCCCUACGGCUCCCAGCCCCACCAGAACUCGGCGGCGGCGGCGGCGGCGGCGGCGGCGGCGGCGGCGGCCGCUUCCUCGGGCGCGCUGGGCGCCCUGGGCUCGCUGGUGAAGUCGGAGCCCAGCGUCAGCCCGCCCGUCACCUCGCACUCGCGGGCCCCGUGCCCCGGGGACCUGCGGGAGAUGAUCAGCAUGUACUUACCGGCGGGGGAAGGCGGCGAUCCGGCGGCCGCCGCCGCCCAGAGCCGCCUCCACUCCCUGCCCCAGCACUACCAGAGCGCCAGCACGGGGGUCAACGGCACCGUCCCCUUGACGCAUAUCUGAGCCGGCGCCGGCACCGGCACCGGCGGCGGCAGCGGG